AUAUAAACAUAUUGUGUGCGCACGCAUAGUUUUCAUUGAAUAUAGCGCCUACUCCUCGCUUUUUGUCACGUGACCAUUUUAGUUUGUUCAAAUUCGAGUCCAAGGACAAGCGGUGUUGAAACUAACCUCGUAUGCUUCUAUGUACCUCCACGAUAAAACUAAUGAUAAAAUUUGUGCAUCUUGAUUCAUCUUGAUUUAUAUCUUUUUAUUCCGGUAAAUCGUGAUGAAUCGGCAAACUGUCCUGAAACUUUAUAAGGAUAUUCUGAGAUAUGGGGAAGCUUUGAGAUUCACGAAUAAGGGAUAUUUUCGACACAGAGUACGAAUGGCCUUUAAGAAUAAUAAAGAUUUGACCGACGAAGCGAUGAUAGAUUUUCAUUUAAAGAAAGGUAUAAAAUUUUUGGAAGCCAAAAGAGUGAUAUGAGUCGUGUUUUGUAACAUAACAAGAGACCAGUAUAAAAAUAUAGUCUUUAUUCAUUAGUGGAUUUUGUUCUUCAUGAAACACACUACUUAUACAUCUUAUAGAGAGAAUCAUGCUUGCGACAUUCUUAUCAAUGUGUCAAAAG